UAAAAUCAAAGGCCACACUGCAAUAUGAAGAUUUGCGUUCUGUUAUCGUCUUACGGUGGAGUCGGUUCAUCAUUUGAACACUAUGAGUUGUAUCAGAACCCAGGACUCUACGACAAGAAACAUGUCUAUGAGCAGAGAAUCAUAGCCAAAAACAAUGCCAAAGAGGAAAUCGACCGAAUAUUGCAGGAAGGAUUUGAUUUAAUUUGGCAUUUUUUGUGGGGACCAGUAAAUGAGGACAUUGCCGGUGUAAACGAAAUCAAGUAUUUGGAGACGAAGAAUGUGUCGAUGAUUGGGACAUCAUCAAAAUUUUUAUCUUUAACAAAAUUGGAUUACAAAGAAGCUAUGGCGUCUGCCAAUAUUAAAACACCAAAGGGAAUUGUAGUUAAAGGGGACGACGAGUCCUUAGCUCACUUGGAGUUAGGCCAUCUAACGUUUCCAUUGAUUGUGAAACCAUCGGUAGGAUGCGGAAGUGAGCACAUGACGGAGGAUUCCGUUUGUCAUAAUGUCGUGGCACUGGAACAGCAAGUUAAACUAUUGAAGUCCAAAAUCAACGUAAAUUACGAAAUUUUAAUCGAGGAAUUUGUUGAGGGCGACGAGGUUGCUGUAGUUAUUUUGGAAACAAAAAACGGAGUAGUAGCAUUGCACCCAACGAUUUUUGUUUUUCCGGAAGAUUGGCCACCGACAAAAAAGUUUUUAGAUUUUGAUGCCAAGUUCGUUGGAAUUGAGCGCGGUGAUAUCAUCCACAAAUUGUUCGAUGGAAAUACAGAAAUGAAAGAAAAAAUUGAGGAAACGGCCAUUAAAGCUUACGAAGAAUUGGGUGUACUGGGAAGCGGUUACGCAAGAGUAGAUUUUCGUGUCAAAGGAUCGGAGGUGUACGUAUUGGAGAUUAACCCUUGUCCAGCAUUUUUUGCGGAGCUUGGUAAUAGGAGUGGGGACGAUUUCGUUAUCGAAUCAACAUUUCCUGGAGGACACGAAAAUUUGAUUGAAACGAUCAUUUCGUCCAAGAGACGUUUUGAUGCGAUUCUCAAAGAAUACAACGGUGUGACAGCAAGCAAUUAUGACGCCGCUAUUGAAGUCAAAGGGAAAAAUCUGUUUGCGAUUUGGGAAUGUCUAACCGAUACAUUUGAUUAUGGUGGAACUGUUUUGGAUUUGGGAUGUGGAACGGGCUUGGUGGGAAAAAUAAUCAAGAAAAAAUAUGAUGCUAAAUUGACUGGAAUUGAUUUGUCGCCCGAGAUGGCUAAAUUGAUCGAUAAUUAUGAAGAACUUCACUUAGGGUACAUGGAAAAUGUUGUGGUAGAAUUGAAGGCAAGGUCCUUCAAUCAUAUUGUAAGUGCCGGUGCUCUAGCGUUUAUUGAUCAAAAAAGUUUCGUAAAUUUGUUCGUCCGACUGUUCUUCUUGGCGACAGAUUCACUCACUUUGAUUAUUGAUGAAAUGAGCGACGAGUUUAGAACAGAUUGUGCCGUGAAAUACAACGUUAUGUUAUUCAAUCAUGCGGAUACAGUGAACAAUUACUCCAUACCAAAGGGAUGGAAUUUGGUCUACAGCAAACGAGCAUUACUUUGGACAUCGCCUAGAAUUGGAACCGAUAUUUAUGGGCUUGUUUUUCGUUACGAAAGAUGCACGCGAGUUUAAAAUAAUACUGACAAUGAUACGUCAAUAAAUCAGCUUGAAAACAUGAGAAAAU